CACUCUUCUCUUCCCCCCGCGUAAUGAUGAUCAUCGCUCACGAAGCAACUAAAACAAGCCUCCUAUAUACGUGUGUAUAUAUGUAUAUAUAUGCACCUGUCUUUCUCGAGAAAGUGACGGAAAAUGGCUCCGUAGAGAUUCAGAUGCUAUAUCCUCUCCCUCCUAUUCUCAUUACGUUUGGUGUUUAUCGUCGGUAUCAUAAGUGGUCUCUGUUUUGAUAAGAUUUGGUAGAUCUGUUCGGAAGUAUGGCUCAAGGGAGGUAUUCUAGGAUAGAUAACAGGAGGCCCUCUUCGAGCUAUUGCUCGACGGUGACCGUGGUUGUAUUUGUGGCUCUAUGCUUAGUCGGGGUCUGGAUGAUGACAUCAUCUUCUGAUGGACCUUCUCAAAAUGUCGAUGAGGUCUCUCUUGAGAACAAAGACGGGAUGAAGAAACAGCUGAACCCUCCUGCGGAUGAUGGAGGCAGCCAGCCAUAUGAAGACAAGAAUGGUGGUGAUUCGCCCAUUGGUGAGAGGAAUGGAGAUGGCGAUGUCAGCUCCUCUCAAGAUGAUGGCAACUCCGGCAAACAAGGAAACCAGGAAGAAAAGAAUGAAGAGAGGAAAGAUGAGAAAAUCAAAGAAGAAUCUAGUUCAAGUGAUGAGUCAACAAGUGAGACUGAAGAUGGAGAUGGAAGUAACACUGACUCUGAAUCAGGAACCGGAGAUGGUGAAAGUGAUUCAGAUGAGAAAAAGGAUUCGAACGACAACUCGGAUGAAAAAUCUUCUGACAUUGAUGAAAAGGAUAAGAAAUAUGAAUCCGAUGACAGCGAGAAAACAUCCAGUGAGGAUGAUGAGGAACAAAAGAAAUCUGAAUCUGAUGAAAAUGAGAAAAAACCCGGUGAUGAUGAUGCAGAAUCAAAAGCAGAGAGGGGCGACGAUGAAAACAAAACCAGCAAUGAAGAUACUGAAACCAAAACAGACAAGGAAGACACAGAAACCAAAUCUGACGAGGAAUCUAGUGAAGCUGAUGGCGAAAGAAAGGAGGGUCAGACAGAGGAAAAGGUAGACCAAGAAAGCAAAGAGACAGAAACAUCUGCAAAGGUUGAUCAGGAGAGUCAACCUAGAAACGAGACUGCACAGUUGGAGCUAUUGAAUGAAACUGUGGCACAAAAUGGUUCAUUUUCAACUCAGGCAACAGAGUCCAAAAACGAAAAAGAAGCUCAGCAGGAGGUUCCCCCUGAACAAAAUGACUACAAAUUGACACUCUGCAAUACAACUGCCGGUCCAGAUUAUAUUCCAUGUCUGGACAAUUUGCAAGCCAUUAAGAGCCUUAGCUCCACUAAGCAUUAUGAACAUCGUGAGAGGCAUUGCCCGGACAACCCACCCACCUGUCUUGUUCCUCUGCCUGAAGGAUACAGGCGACCAAUUGAGUGGCCUAAAAGUCGCGAAAAGAUCUGGUACAACAACGUCCCUCAUACCAAACUUGCCGAGGUUAAGGGGCAUCAAAAUUGGGUUAAAGUGACUGGUGAAUAUCUCACUUUCCCUGGCGGAGGAACCCAGUUCAAGCAUGGCGCUCUUCAUUACAUCGACUUCAUUCAGGAGUCUGUCCCGGAUAUCGCAUGGGGUAAACGCUCUCGUGUUGUUCUGGAUGUUGGAUGUGGAGUUGCCAGCUUUGGAGGUUUCCUUUUUGACAGAGACGUGAUAACGAUGUCUCUCGCUCCUAAAGAUGAACACGAAGCCCAAGUGCAAUUCGCACUCGAGAGAGGCAUCCCUGCCAUUUCUGCUGUGAUGGGCACUCAAAGACUACCAUUCCCUGGCAGAGUUUUCGACAUAGUCCAUUGCGCUCGUUGUAGAGUCCCAUGGCACAUAGAAGGUGGUAAACUUCUUCUGGAGCUUAACCGUGUUCUGAGACCUGGUGGUUUCUUUGUCUGGUCUGCUACUCCUGUUUACCAGAAGAAUCCUGAAGAUGUUGAAAUUUGGCAAGCUAUGGGUGCACUAACUAAGAAGAUGUGUUGGGAACUCAUAUCCAUUAACAAGGACACUGUCAAUGGAGUUGGCGUGGCUACGUACAGGAAGCCUUCUUCAAAUGAAUGCUAUUCAAACAGAGCAGAACAGGAACCUCCUGUUUGUGGUCAAUCUGAUGAUCCAAAUGCUGCCUGGAAAGUUCCACUUGAAGCAUGCCUGCACAAAGUGCCCGAAGACAAAGCAGAACGUGGAUCUCAGUGGCCUGAGCAAUGGCCAGCCAGACUGGGGAAACCGCCGUUCUGGUUGUCAAAUUCCCAGACCGGAGUUUACGGAAAAUCAGCACCUGAGGAUUUCACCGUUGAUUACGAGCACUGGAAACGUGUAGUGACCAAGUCGUACAUAAAAGGGUUAGGAAUCAACUGGGCUAAUGUUAGGAAUGUCAUGGACAUGAGAGCUGUCUAUGGAGGAUUUGCAGCAGCACUGAGAGAAAUGAAUGUAUGGGUGAUGAAUGUGGUUCCGAUAGAUUCACCAGACACGCUGGCUAUAAUCUACGAACGAGGUCUCUUCGGCAUUUACCACGACUGGUGUGAAUCCUUCAGCACUUACCCGAGAUCUUACGACCUCCUCCACGCUGACCAUCUCUUCUCCAAGCUGAAACAGAGAUGCAAUCUCACGGCUGUGGUGGUGGAAGUAGACAGAAUGCUGAGGCCAGAAGGGAAACUCAUACUACGGGACGACGCAGAGACCAUCCAACAGGUGGAGAUGAUGGCGAAGUCAAUGAAAUGGGAGGUUCGGAUGACAUACUCUAAGGAAAAGGAAGGAAUUCUCUGCCUUCAGAAGUCCAUGUGGCGACCGGCCGAGGUAGAAACCCUCGCCUACGCCAUUGCUUGAACCAUAUAUUACCAUACGCUGUCUAACUCAUCACACGCUCGAAGCUCGUCCUAGGAAAUCGAUUUCUUUUUUGUUACGGUAUAGGCGUCGAUUUCGGAGUUCGUCGUUGUCUUGUACUUUGCUAUACAGUUCAUAUGUUCUUGGAGCGUUAGAUUAUAUAGUGAAUACUGACUGUAUCAUUCCUCCAUUGAUUUGUUGAAGAGAAGAGUGUUUUCUUUC